UAUAUAUAUAUAAGAACAUUUAUUUCAUCAAACCUUAGCAUCAAUCGAUCGAUCUGCCGCCUUUCUCCUUUCUCCUCUCUUUUCUCUCUCUCCAAAAUCAUCAAAUUAUCAAAUAUGAGUCCUGUUUACUUGAACCCUCAAACAACUUCUUCCCCUAUACCUUUCCUAGAGUUAAAGGGAGAUCAUAAUUUUCAGGUUUUUGGUCGUUUCCAUCAUGAUGACCAUUCUCACAUCCGCCAUAACUCCGAAGAGAUCUUAUCUCUUGAUUAUUCCAGGCACGAACAAAAAAAGGUUGGAAAGCUAGUUUUAUCCCAUGAGAAAGCAAGUGAUCUUGGACAACCAUGUUCAUCCUGGCUUCAAAGGAGUAGUAUUGGAGAUGAUAGUGGUGGAAGUAGUUAUGCUUAUAAUCCAUUCAAUUUUCUAAAGGAAGAGGCGAAAAUCGAAACUCCUACCGUAAACUAUAAUAUUGAUCAGAAUAAGUCUUCAAAAUGUAAGCCCUCAAAAUUGAGAAUAAUGCAAAAGGUAGCAGCCUCUAAAAACACAGGAGAGAUGAAGAAGCUUGAUCAUGAUCUCGCCAAACGCCAAAAUAAUGAUGGGAUAAGAGUGUGCUCAGAUUGUCAUACCACUACAACCCCUCUUUGGAGGAGUGGACCUCAAGGCCCUAAGACUCUUUGCAACGCAUGUGGGAUAAGACAAAGGAAAGCAAGAAGGGCAGCGAUGGCAGCUGCUGCAGCUUCAUCAUUUGGCAAUGAUAAUGCGGUCGUACCAUCGAUAUCGCCGCCGCCGCCGCCGACGCCUGUCGAAGCUUCAAAGCCGAAGGUUCAGCUGAUAAAAUCAGAAAGAGGAGUGGAUCAUCAUCAUCAUCAUGAUAAAAGCUAUACAUUACCUAUCAAGAAAAGAAGCAAAAUAAUUGAUGCUGCUAGAAAUAAUAAUAAUAAUAAUAAUUAUACUCAUAUUAAUAUUAAUAUGAAUAAAAAUAACUCUGAAAAUGCAAAUAAUAAGCUUUUGUUUGAAGAUUUUGAAAUGAGCUCAAACAAGGAUUAUCACAAGGCCAAUUCUAAAAGAUCAUUCGCGCGCGACGAAGAAGAAGGAGCUAUACUAUUAAUGGCACUUUCUUGUGGCCUGGCUUGUUCUUCAUAGCUACAAUAAUUGAGUUUUUAAGGAUUAAGAGUAUUAAUUAGUGCAUUUUUUCCUACAAUUUUUGGAGUGUUUUUAUUUGAAUUUGUAUUGUUUUUGGUUGAAUUUGAAGAAGAAGAAGAAGAAAGAGUGAAGGUAGAUAAGUACCUAAGCUACGUGUUUUAGGAAUAGAACAAUAGCCAGCAUGAGAGAAUAGUCAUAAUAGUUAUUGAUUUAAUUACUAGUAUAAUUAAGCAUGUUUAUGCAGAAGAAUAAGAUUAAUACUAAUGAAACUCGUUAUACUAUAAUAAUAUUCUUAAUUACUCUUUGUUUUUCUUAA